AUGGUACAUCUCCUCUUAGUAGUGCACAACAACAGCUCAGACCCAGCAAUGGUACAUCUCCUCUUAGUAGUGCACAACAACAGCUCAGACCCAGCAAUGGUACAUCUCCUCUUAGUAGUGCACAACAACAGCUCAGACCCAGCAAUGGUACAUCUCCUCUUAGUAGUGCACAACAACAGCUCAGACCCAGCAAUGGUACAUCUCCUCUUAGUAGUGCACAACA